AUGGACGACUAUGCAGUGGAUGAGGAUGAAUGCGAUUGCUUGCAAGUAGUAGAUCAGCCUAAGCCGCAAGAACUGGAGAAGCCCGUCACAAAUGUGCAGGAGCCCGUCAUAAGUGUGGAGCAGCCCGCUGAAUGGGACGGCAAGCUGAGCACCUCCGAAGAGCAAUUGCGCUCGCAGCCGUUUUCGCCGCUCAGGCACUGCAUACCGAAACGAUCGCUGACAUUGCCGCGCAUACUCGUGCCGCAGUCUGCAUUCGGUGCGAGUGGCGGUGGUGCGGCCGGCUCUGGGCGCAGUGGCGGUGGGCGUGGCGGUUUCUAG